UUGCCUAAUCCCUAAAAGUCAUAUGUUUGUUACACAAGAAGCCAUUUUUCAUUUAAUGUAACUAAUUUCUUAUUUCGAGUAGGAAUGAUAAGAAGAUUUUUAACCUUAAAGGCAUUAAAUAUCGUUGCUACAAAGACCAAUAAAGAAUAUCUGCCUAAACCUAUCGAAAAAUUAGAUUCACCUCAGAGGGAUUUUCAAUUAUCAAAAAUAAAAAAUGGAUUAGUUAUUUGCUCAUUAGAGAAUAAUUCUCCAUUGUCAAGUAUAGGAAUUAUUGUUAAAGCUGGCACUAGAUAUGAAAAUUUUGAUAAAGAAAACCUUGGCAUAACACACAUGAUGAAAGUAGCUUCGUCAUUAGCAACCUUAAAAUGUUCACAAUUUGGUUUAUCAAGAAAUCUUGACCAUAUUGGUUCAUCUUUAAUGGUUUCAACAACAAGAGAUUUUUUUAUGUAUAUUUUACAAACAAAGCGGGAUAAUAUUGACACUGCUCUCAAAUAUUUGUCAUAUAUGGCAACUAUGCCUGCUUUUAAACAUUGGGAGGUUAAAGAUUCCAUAUAUAAAUUGAGUUAUGAUAUUCAUAUGGUAGCACAUGAUCCUGAAAUUGCUUUAGUUGAAGACCUUCAUAAAGCUAUAUAUAGAAAUGGAUUGCAAAACUCUUUAUUUAGUCCCAAAUUUAUGAUUGGAAAACAUACUUGUGGAAAGUUAAGGGAAUUUCAUGAAUCGCACUUUACUGCACCGAAUAUGGCCUUGAUUGGCGUUGGAAUGGAUCACUCGUCCUUGGCCAAUCGUGCAUAUAAGAAUUUUUCACAUUUAAGCACCGACCAUCCAACUUCACACACUAAAAAUGCGGAAGAGAUUAAUAACGAAAAGACUAGAGAUGACAAUCUAAACAAAAUUGUUCGGAAUUCACAGAUCAACAACAGAAUUUUUUAUUCAAAUGAAUCCAGAGUGCAUACAAUGUCACCACUUACCUAUGCUUUGUUAGUAUCCGAAGGCAGUAGCCACAAUAAUUCUAAAGAUAUGUUAAGCUUAGCUCUCUUGCAAAAAAUAAUGGGAUUAGGACCUCACACAAAAUACGGGACGCUUCAGACCUCGGGGAAAAUGACUAAGCAUUGUUUGAACUAUAAAAUGAAUCCAAUAUUGAGCCCCUUUUCCAUGACUUGCUACAACGUUAAUUAUAGCGACACGGGACUCUUUGGAGUUUACAUAAUAAGCCAACCAGAGUAUAUGGAUAGAUUGUUAAGGUGUUCUGUCGAUUGUUUUAGAGAGAUAGGGAAGACAGGUGUCGAGAAAAAGGAACUCGAAAUGGCGAAAAAAAUGCUUAAAUCAUCUUACUUAAUGUCCUUGGAAGAUCCUACUAUAUUUAUAGAGGAUGCAAUGUUACAAGCAUCGUUAACUCAUCAGGUGUCUAACUCGGAUAAAAUUUUGGGCAUGAUCGAUACAAUAGAAGUUGUAGAUAUAUCUAAAGUUGCCAAAAAGUUGAUAAACAAAUGUGCACUAGCAGUUAGGGGAAACUUGAAAAAUACACCAUACUUGGAUCAAUUAAUGAUAUGAUAGACAAUUCUAACAUUAGUAUUUAAAGUGUGCAUUUUAGCUAUUUACAACUAUUAUAAAUAUUUUUUAAUAACAUUUAUUUAUUCUUUACACCUGA